AAAUCAUCAGUAAAGCAAAUGCAUUAGAAGUUGUAGCCAGACAAUUGGAUAAAUUUAAAAUGGUAAAGACAAAUGAUACGAACAAUUUCAACAAAGCAGAAAUAAAUAAAAUCGAUAACAAGAAAAAAUAUAACAAACCGUUCCCAAGACAAUUCUCGAACACUAAAUGUAGUAGAUGUGGAAGCCCCUCCCACUCAUCCGAAGACAUAAAAUGCCCAGCAAAAGACAAACGAUGUUUGAAGUGUGGCUUCAUUGGUCAUUUCCGGGAAAAUUGUAGAACUCGACAGAAAAGACAGUUUUCGGGCAACAGGACGGAAACCGUAAAUAAAAAACCAAAAAUAGAAACAAAAAAAGGUGCCUUUAGAUCUGAAAUUGACUACAUUUUCAAUCUGGGUGAAAACGGAGAUAAAAAGGAUGAGACCGGUGAAGUACGAAAGGAAAAGACAGAUGAGUCCCGAAUAGAUUAUAUUUUCCACCUGGAUGAUGACGAAACUAUAAAGUGCAGUAUUGGGGGAGUUACCAUUGACAUUUUGAUCGAUUCGGGAAGUAAAUGCAACGUAAUUACUGAUAAAACAUGGCAGCUUCUAAAAGACAAUAGAGUGAAAAUUUCUAAUCAAAUACGCAAACCUAAUAAGACACUUGUUUCUUACGGCAGUAAAGAACCUUUGGAUAUAAUGGGCUCCUUUGACGCGAACAUUUCAGUCAUUGCUAAUAAGUGUAUAAAAGGUACCAUCUAUGUUAUCAGAAACGGCACACGUGAUUUAUUAGGCAAGGAGACAGCAAUUCAGUUAGGCGUGCUAAAAAUUGGGCUUCAAAUUAACUCAAUAAGUAAUGAGAAACCAUCAGAUAAAGUGUUUCCAAAGUUCAAAGGAGUAACGGUCCAAAUCCCAAUAGACCAAACAGUUAAACCAGUUAUCCAGCCAUAUCGAAGAGUCCCCAUUCCUUUAGAAGAAAAGGUUACCAAAAAAUUAAAGGAACUUAAAGAUGCGGAUAUCAUUGAGGAAGUAAAUGAACCCUCACCGUGGGUAUCACCCAUGGUUCCCGUUCUUAAAGAAGGACAAGAAGAGUGGAGAUAUCCUUCUUCGGGGAACUAGGAUAGUUAUACCUCAUCUUCUGCGGCAACGAGUACUGGAAGCAGCUCAUGAAGGCCAUCCAGGCAUAGUAGCAAUGAAAGCUCGCCUCAGAACAAAGGUGUGGUGGCCUAGAAUUGACAAAGAUGCUGAACGAUUAGUAAAAGCUUGCCGAGGAUGUACGCUUGUAUCAAAUCCUACUCCGCCACAUCCAAUGAAGAGACGAGCACUUCCCGCUGAACCUUGGGUUGACAUAGCGAUGGACUUCUUGGGGCCGCUUCCUAGUCACGAUUACCUGUUGAUACUUGUUGAUUACUAUAGUAGAUAUAAAGAAAUCAAAGUAAUGCGCAGUAUUACUUCUCUUGAUACGAUAAAGGUGUUAAAAGAAAUAUUCUCCAGAUUAGGUUAUCCAGCAACCUUGACGUGUGAUAAUGGAACUCAGAUGACUGGCGAGGUUUUCCGGAAAUAUUGUAAGGAAUGUGGAAUCAUCCUAUAUAAUACAGUUCCGUAUUGGCCUCAAAUGAACGGGGAAGUCGAGAGGCAAAAUCGAGACGUUUUAAAACGUCUAAAAAUUUGCCAAGCUGAAAACAAGGAUUGGAAAGAGGACAUUUUCAGUUAUUUAAUGAUGUAUAACAGUACGCCUCACUCUGUUACAGGCAAAUCUCCCUCGGAGUUAUUUUAUAAAAGACAGUUUAGAGACAAGAUUCCAGCAGCACCAGAUAUGGAGUAUAAGGCAAUAGAUGAAGAGGUAAGAGAUAGGGACCUGCAAAAGAAGGAAAAAGGGAAAGAGUAUGCAGAUCUCAAAAGGAAAGCGACAGAUAGCAACUUAGAAAUAGGAGAAAAAGUAUUAGUGAAAAAUUUGAUCAAAGAUAAUAAGUUAACCUCCAAUUUCAAUCCCACUACGCAUACAGUUACGGAUGUGAGUGGUGGUGAUGUUAAUAUUAGGAAUGAUGAAACAGGAAAAGAAUAUCGGCGAAAUAUAGUCCAUUUAAAGAAAGUAAAUGAUUCAUGGACGGUUGUGAACCAGAGUAGCAGUUAGUUAACUAUGAUUAGGUUGAUUAGGUGUGAUUGGAUUUUGUACAAAAGUAAAUUGUGUUAAAUUGUUAAUUGGGAAUUGUAUUGAAUGUUGUUAAAAGGAAGUAAAACCAAAAUUGUUUUGUUAAAUUUAAAACCAUAAUUGUUUUGUCUAAUUUUGCCUACUGUAACCUACUGUAAUUUCAAAUUAUUUCAUAUAAUAAAAAUAAAGAAGGGAUGUAGUGUAUGCGCUGGCGCGGGAGGGCGUUGCAGUCUCCGGGGGCGCUGGGGAGUCAUUGUCGGCCAUGACAGAGAGUGUGCGUGUUCCAGCGUUACGUGUGCUUUACAUCCCUUUGUGUGUCC